AAAGAUCCCUGUGUCAACGUCUAUGAAGCUACAUUCCUUUAUAAACACUUCACUUAUGGAAAAAUAAAACAGUACUUAUAACAGUUAUUUAUUACCGUACCUUAUUCAAUCUUCGAAAAUGAUGCUCUCUAGAACAAAGCCUGCUGUAGGCCCUGGGGCCACAGCAGCAAGUAAAGACACAAAGAAAAAGAAAAAAAUGCCAACUGUGGAGGAAUUUCUAGACAUGCGGGACUAUACUGGUGCCAUUACCCUUCUUGAGUUUAGCAGAAAUGCUGGAAAAGGCAAUGAAGAAACAGAUAUGUGGAUAGCUUAUUGUGCUUUUCACUUGGGUGAUUACAAACGAGCAAUGGAGGAAUAUGAAAGACUUACAAAAAGAGAUGGUGUCAACCCAGAUAUAUGGUUGUAUCUUGCUUGCUGUCAAUUUUUUCUUGGAAUGUACCCUGAAGCAGAUCAAAACUGUACCAAAUGUCCUAAAGGUCGUCUUCAAAACAGACUUCAGUUUCAUCUUUCUCAUAAGUUUGGAGAUGAGCGCCGAUUAAUGAGCUUUCACCAGAACCUGCAAGAUAUCAUUGAAGAUCAAUUGUCCCUUGCAUCUAUUCACUAUUUGCGUAGCCACUAUCAGGAGGCUAUAGAUAUAUACAAGAGGAUCUUACUUGACAAUAGGGAUUACCUAGCAUUGAAUGUCUAUGUUGCCUUGUGUUAUUACAAACUGGACUACUAUGAUGUCUCACAGGAAGUGUUAGCUGUAUACCUGCAACAGUUUCAAGACAGUGCUGUGGCCCUCAAUCUGAAAGCUUGCAACCACUUUAGGCUGUAUAAUGGCAAGGCUGCUGAGGCUGAACUGAAAGCUCUUCAGGAAAUGGCAUCUCCAUCAUUUCAGUUUGCUCAAGAUUUGAUUAAACAUAAUCAGGUAGUUUUUCGAAAUGGUGAAGGGUCUUUACAAGUAUUACCUCCCUUAAUAGAUGUGAUCCCAGAGGCCAGACUUAACCUAGUCAUUUACUAUCUUAAACAAGAUGACAUACCAGAAGCUUACAACUUGAUCAAAGAUUUAGAGCCCACGACUCCUCAAGAAUAUAUUCUCAAGGGUGUGGUGAAUGCUGCACUUGGACAAGAACAAGGAUCGAGAGAACACAUGAAGAUUGCCCAGCAAUACUUCCAGCUUGUAGGUGGUUCUGCCAGUGAAUGUGAUACUAUCCCUGGUAGACAGUGUAUGGCGUCUUGUUUUUUCUUGCUUAAACAGUUUGAAGAUGUUCUCAUUUACUUGAACUCAAUCAAGAGUUAUUUCUACAAUGAUGAUACCUUUAAUUUCAAUUAUGCUCAAGCCAAAGCUGCAGUUGGUAACUUCAAAGAAGCUGAAGAAAUUUUUUUGCUAAUACAAAGUGAGAAGACAAAAAAUGAUUACACAUACUUGAGCUGGCUUGCUAGAACAUACAUCAUGAACAGAAAAGCCAGGCUAGCUUGGGAGUUGUAUUUAAAAAUGGAAACAUCUGGAGAAUCAUUCAGCUUACUGCAACUUAUUGCUAAUGACUGCUACAAGAUGGGACAGUUUUAUUAUGCUGCUAAGGCAUUUGAUGUGCUAGAAAGAUUGGAUCCUAACCCUGAAUAUUGGGAAGGCAAGCGGGGAGCUUGUGUUGGGGUCUUUCAGCUCAUUAUUGCUGGCAGUGAACAAAGGGAAAAACUAUUGGAGAUAAUACAAAUUCUUCUCAAUAGUCGAUAUCCUCAGGUAGAGGAAAUGAUUUGUGCGUUUAGAAAAUGGGGAUGUGAAAAUACACUUAUGCUGUGAAUGGAUCACAAGAAACUCUGCGAGAUGUCAUCAACAUGUUGCGCAAUACAAGCAAUCCUCAGGUGGAGUACAUCAUUAGGACAAUGAAGAAGUGGGCUAAAGACAACAUGGUGCCUGUACCAUAAACACAACUAUUUUUGUUAUUCCAUCUGUGAUAGUUUGUUUUGUUUUUAAUUUUUAUAACUUAUGUAUGCAAUUCUUUAAAUUAAACAAGCACAUUAAUUUAGUGCUUUUAUCUAAUAAAAAUGUCCUAGCUUUUAUCUGUAAAUCAGAUGAAUUCAAACUGAUUUUUCAGUUUUACU